GCCCAGUGGAGAGCGCGAUCCAGGCGGCGGGCGAGGAGGAGGAGGGGCGAGCGAGAGGCGGCUGGCGCGGCGGCCCCUCCCUCCCUCCCUUGCAGGCGGCCACAGGCAGCGCCCAGCCCCGCAGCCCUCGCGGGGCCCUUCCUUGGCCGGCCGGGGGCGCGCCACACCAGGCGCACGGAAGAGGACUUCUGCUUCAGAAAGUGACCAUGGCUGGGCUGCAUGAGAUGCGAUUCACAGAAGAGAAGCCACUUCUUCGAGGACAGGAUGCUGAGCUGGAGAAUUCCGAUACUUUCCUGUCUGCCAUGGACACAGAUUGGAAGGAGCAUGAUAUCGAGACCCCUUAUGGGCUGCUGCAUGUGGUCAUUCGAGGGUCUCCAAAGGGAAAUCGUCCAGCCCUCCUGACUUACCAUGAUGUGGGACUGAACCACAAGCUCUGUUUCAACACUUUCUUCAACUAUGAAGACAUGCAGGAGAUCACAAAGCACUUCGUUGUGUGCCAUGUGGAUGCUCCGGGGCAGCAGGGAGGAGCCUCGCAGUUCCCGCAGGGGUACCAGUAUCCUUCCAUGGACCAAUUAGCCGCCAUGCUGCCUAGUGUGGUCCAGCAUUUUGGGUUCAAGUACGUGAUUGGAAUCGGAGUGGGAGCCGGUGCCUAUGUCCUUGCUAAGUUUGCUCUGAUCUUCCCGGAUCUGGUGGAAGGCCUUGUUUUGGUCAACAUCGACCCAAAUGGCAAAGGUUGGAUUGACUGGGCAGCCACUAAGAUCUCUGGCCUGACCAGUACUUUACCUGACUCUGUGCUGUCUCACCUGUUCAGCCAGGAGGAGCUAGUGAGCAAUACAGAGCUGGUGCAAAGUUAUCGGCAGCAGAUUGGGAGCAUGGUGAACCAGUGUAACCUGCAGCUCUUCUGGAACAUGUACAACAGCCGCAGAGACCUGGACAUUAACCGACCCGGGAGUGUCCCAAAUGCCAAAACACUCCGCUGCCCCGUGAUGCUGGUAGUAGGAGACAAUGCUCCGGCCGAAGAUGGUGUGGUUGAAUGCAAUUCUAAGCUGGAUCCAACCACAACCACCUUCCUGAAGAUGGCUGAUUCUGGUGGUCUCCCCCAAGUCACACAGCCUGGAAAACUGACUGAAGCGUUCAAGUACUUUCUGCAGGGGAUGGGCUACAUUGCAUACCUGAAGGACCGAAGGCUGAGUGGAGGAUCAGUGCCCUCUGCGAGUAUGACGCGCCUGGCACGUUCCCGCACGGCCUCCCUCACCAGUGCCGGCUCAGUGGACGGCAGCCGUCCUCGUGCCUGCACUCACUCCGAAAGCAGCGAGGCCAUGGGGCAGGUCAACCACACCAUGGAGGUGUCCUGCUGAGCGUCUGCAGCGCCCUCGUUUUCAGGGGAGCCCUUGAGCACCUGCGCAUCGAUUCACCUCCAGCUGGCUCCAUUCUCUGCAGCUUCUGUGGCUUUGAUUUUCUUUGCUGUCUUGCUUUUCCUUUCACGUUAGCGGGAUUCAGAGCGGGAGGUGGGGAGAGCGGGAAGCAGCGGCGGAACGAGACACAACAGCCACCUUUGCUUUUAGGCCUGACUUGACGUAGCAAUCUUCCCUCGCCCCGUCCCGUUCAUGAGCAGUCCCUUUCCUCGUGAUAGUAAAGGAAACAGGACUCUUCUUCUGAAUUCCCUGAGGCUAGGUAAGCAACAAGUUGGGGUGCAGGUGGCUAACUGGAGUAUAUUUCCCUGCCCUGCAAAGCAGCAUUUGCCCUGCAGGUAGAAAAGGGAGUUGCUGAGUGUUGUCAUCCUUAGGGAGUCUCAAAUGAACCCUGGGGAUGAGUACAAAGGAAGGGAAUUGCUGCCUGGUCGGUAUCCUCAUGAUCCCAGCCCCAAUCUUGGAGCACAGGCUUUAGGCCAAAAGUUCUUGGCAAUAAUCUUUUGACAAUUUUGGGCUGGUGUUUGAAGGAGCUGGCAUUUGAUACGGUGCCUGUACUUCUUGUCACAAAGGCCAAGGAAAAAUGACCCUUUACUGGGAUGCAACACCCACCCCCCAGUCCCCUACCCAGGGGCCACACUAAAUGCCAAGCAUUCCCCAUGGAUCUCCAUCUCUCCCCACCCCCCACCCCAUCUUUCUUUCAUCUCCUGCAUGACAAUCCUCUCUGAAGCAGGAAAGUGUCAGGGACCCCUUGGGGUUGCAACCAGAUCCAGAGUGUGUCAGGUCGUGUUUUCAAUUUGCACUCACAGCUGGGAUGCUUCUUAGCCCGCCCUGAAGAGGUGCUGCUGGGUCUCAGGGUCUGAAAUGGGCUUUCCUCUAACAUGACUGCUUCCAUUACAAGAGUGUUUUUACUUGGCAGCCAGCCCUGUGGGGCUGGAGUGCUGUUCUGCCCCCUUCCCCAAGAUUAGAAGAUGAGGCUGAGGGACCCCUUACCUCAUGGUAGAAGGGGCAUGGGUCCCAAGUUCAGAUAAGGGUAUGCAUUUGCAGAAGAACCAAGCUGCCCCUGGGAUGUCAUGGCCCAGCACCUCCCACACAGGAACCUGACCCUGGCAGCUUGGCACUCCUUGGCUGUUGGGUGGACAAAGUCUUGUCUUGGCUGGAGAGAGGAUAAGCCUUCUACCCAAAGCAACUUCAGAGCUGCUGGUUGACCUCUCUCAACGUCUACGUUGAAUAUGACUACCCUUCAGGACUACCCUUGCAGGAUAGCUUUUUGUGUCAUCCAUUCCAACCAAGAAAAAGAACAGGCAAUCUUUUUCUUUGUUGCCAUCGAAUCCCAUAUGGAUCUGAAGGCAAGAGAUGAUCAGAGGUGGUUUGCCAUUGUCUGCCUCUGCAUCACAACCCUGGUAUUCCUUGGAGAUCUCCCAUCCAAAUACUAGCCAGGAUCAGGGCUGAGCAGGGGCGGAGAAAGGGAAAAUUGUGCUCAGGGCACGCAUACGCCCUGCGCCCCUGCCAUGCCCCCGCCUCGUACCCGGAACACCCUUACCACGCCCCUGCAGGGGCACGCGCCCAGUGCAUCACGUGGCGUGCCCCCCCAUCCUCUUGGCACUAUGCCACUGGGGCUGAGAGUAUGUCACUUCCUCCUAAGGAUGGGCAAAACCAGAUCUCCUGUUUCAUAGAAUAAUUGCACACCCAGACAGUCUAGCUGAGGGGUCUGCAACCUGCAACUCUCUGGAUGUUCACGGACUACAAAUUGUAGUCCAUGAACAUCCGGGGAGCCGCAGGUUGCAGACCCCUGGUCUAGCUGAUAGGAAGAUCUCACUCUGGCUUGAAGGAACUCAGCAGACCUUGCUU